AGCCAAGGAGGCUCACGCCGCUCGCUCUCGUAGGCUUGGAAAUUUCCACAUCAUGUAGGAUGAGACAGACUCUCUCUGCUUCAGGCGGCAGCAGCUUGGCGCGGGAGCUAAUGCUGAGCAGCACCCUGCGGUGGAAGCUGGAGUGCCCAAUUAAUGAGAAACAUAAUGUAUUUUGGAGGUACAUGCCAGAGUCCUGCUUUUCCAGCCCUGGUACGACCUUCAAUUCCCUCCUUGCCACCAUCAUUGGAUCUCAAACCCUUUCUUCCAUUCCCACUGGACACUGCUGCAGCUGUCAAUCUCUUUCCCAACUUCAAUGCUAUGGAUCCAAUUCAAAAAGCUGUAAUAAAUCAUACAUUUGGGGUUCCUCUUCCUCACAGAAGAAAACAAAUCAUAUCUUGCAACAUAUGCCAAUUGAGAUUUAAUUCAGAUAGCCAGGCUGCGGCCCACUACAAAGGCACUAAACAUGCCAAGAAGCUCAAAGCACUGGAAGCCAUGAAAAAUAAGCAGAAAUGUGUAACUACAAAGGACAGCGCAAAGACUAUCUUCACUUCCAUCACUACCAAUACCAUCAAUACCAACUCUGACAAAACAGAUAGUACAACCGAAGCACCAGCAAUAUCAACAUCUCCAGCUAUCAAAAUUCGGAAGAACAGUGUAACAAUGACUGAAAUCACCUCAAAAAUCGAUAAAUUUCCUUCCACUGCCACCAGCAGUAGCGUGAGUUCCUUAGGAGAGACAGAAGAAGAAAAGGCCAAACGGUUGCUUUAUUGUUCACUAUGCAAGGUUGCUGUCAACUCUGCCUCCCAAUUGGAGGCACACAACAGUGGUACAAAGCACAAAACUAUGUUAGAAGCUCGUAAUGGGAGUGGAACCAUCAAAGCCUUUCCUAGGACAGGUAUUAAAGGAAAAGGACCCAUCAAUAAAGGAAAUACAGGACUUCAGAACAAAACAUUUCACUGUGAAAUUUGUGAUGUACAUGUGAAUUCUGAGACACAACUUAAACAGCACAUAAGUAGUAGAAGGCACAAAGACAGAGCUGCUGGGAAACCUCCAAAACCCAAAUACAGUCCCUACAACAAACUCCAAAAAGGAACACACCCACUUGGGGUCAAACUUGUAUUUUCAAAAGAAGCUGCAAAACCAGUAGCUCCACGGAUUCUCCCUAAUCCACUGGCAGCUGCAGCAGCAGCUGCUGCUGUUGCUGUAAAUUCCCCUUUCAGUCUUCGAACAGCCCCACCAGCUACACUUUUUCAGACUUCUGCACUUCCUCCCUCACUUCUUCGACCUGCCCCUGGACCUAUACGGACGACCCACACACCUGUCCUGUUUGCUCCAUAUUGAACUCCAUCAAUGAAUUGAGUGUACUGCAAUAAUUUUUCAGAACAAAAGCAAAACAAGGACAAUGACCUAUGCAGUGUUAAUUUAUUGUGAUGUGUGUAUAUGUGUAUGUAUGUAUAAGUAUACGGGUAUAUGCAUACAUAUAUGUAUGUAUGUAUAUAUACACAUACUCACACACACACACAUGACUUUUGAUAGAGAUCUUAAUCAACUUUAAAGAAAGGCAAGUGGCUGUAUAUUCUUCCAAUGAAAAUCUUACAAGUUAUCCUACAAC